AUGGAUCUACCUCCCACUAAAGCCAUGAAAGAGGCAGAGAGAGAUCAAAGGAAUAAUAUUGUGAAAGCAAGGGCCAGCACCAACAGAGUAAUUAUCAGCAUCUACGCUGAAUCCCCAAGAAAACGUUUACAACAAAAGCAUGAUCCCACCCCCAAGAAAUCCACGAGAACUCGUGGUUAUGAUCGCCGGGCUCAGCUAUUAGCCUAUGCCAGCGAGCUAAGAUGCGUUGGUUCUGAACCCAUGGAGUGGUCCAGGCGGAACUCUAGGCCCAACUUAAAGAAAUGGAAAUGGUCGAGUGCACCAGCUAGGAUUCGGGAAUCAUUUCUUAGAAUGUUUCAGCAAAAAGAAAGGCAAUGGGGGUACGAGCGAAUUGUAACAGAAGAAAAUGGUGAAGCAGACCCGUUGUCAGAAGAAAUUGAUGUCAAUGAUAAUUCAGGAAUUGAAUCCACUAAUAAUGGUGCUGCUGCUUCUUCGCCUCCAAAAGAUGGAGAAACACCCACGCAGAUUCAACCUUUUAGAAUGCCUACAGUAGAAGAGGGAAUCAUCAAACCUAACAUGAAAAAAGUUGCAGAUAACAGAACUUGGGAUAACAACAGCAUCUUUCAAGCAUAA